AUACCAUUGGAUUCAGACGUUAGACAACACUGACUGCUCACAUAACCUGCCGACAGAAAUUAUUUAGCCGAAACCCAAAACAUUAGCAAGAUGCAUCUCACACGCCUCGUCCUGCGCCAAGUCACCCGGAAAGUGCAGCUGCAGCGAUUGUACAGCUCAGCUCCGGCAGCCGCUGUUUCUGGAGCGGAGAAACUGGUGCCUCCGACAGCGGAGGGUGCAGCCAAGCCACCUAAUCCCAAGCUCGACAGCAUCGUCAACAAUAUCGCCGCUCUUAACCUGCUCGAGGUCUCCGAACUGAGUACCCUCUUGAAACAGAAACUUAACCUGCCAGAGACCGCCUUCGCUCCCCAGUUUGCCGCUGGUCCGGCACGUGCUGCCCCAGCUGAGGAGGAGGAGGAAGCGGCGCCCAAAAAGGUGCAGACCUCUUUCAAAGUAAAGCUGGUCAAGUUCGACGAGAAGCAGAAGGUGGCGCUAAUUAAGGAAGUGAAGAACCUGCUCGAAGGCAUGAACCUUGUCCAGGCCAAGAAGUUUGUGGAGAGUGCCCCCACCAUUGUGAAGGAGGACAUUCCCAAGGAGGAAGCUGAGAAGCUGAAGGAAGCACUGGCGAGGGCGGGAGCCGUCAUCGAAAUCGAGUAGGACUCUUGAUGCGACUUAGGACCUUCGUUUUUCUAAUCUGCGUUUAGCUGCUAGUUAUUGUUUUAAUAAAAAGCCAGGCAACAUUUGCUGUAAAAUAA